AUGGACUAUUCCAAAGAGGAUGAUACCCAGUCUGCGGGCUCAAGACUGUCAAACCUGAAUAUGAAGUUGAUCAAUACUACUUCUGGGCCUCGAGUUUCUCAAGCUUGUGACCGAUGUAGAAUCAAAAAAAUCAAGUGCAAUGGCCUAACUCCUUGUCUGAAUUGUUCUAAAAUUGGAUUUGAUUGUAAAACAAGUGACAAGUUGACUAGGAGAGCUUUUCCAAAGGGAUACACCGAGAAUCUCGAACGCCGUAUAAGAGAUCUCGAAGAAGAAAACGAACGACUAAAAGCGGAGAGAGGAAAUAACGUCGCUCCGGCGGUAGAAGCUCACACUCCCAACCGUGUCAAGGAAGAAACUCGUCCAACCACAACAUCCACUACUUCAAAUCCACACCAAUCUUCUGUACCCAUCAAUAACCCGAUUGAUCAGAUUUUCAAUCUCGAUAGCAAGGGGGUAAUAAUUGGAAAUGACAACUUGAACUUUGAAUCACAAUUCAAUCAUUUGCUCAUCAAUCUCAAUCUUCCCUUUCUCAAGAUCACCAAUUCUCAUAAUUACCUUUUAAAUGACCCAAACGCUUAUUUGUACCACCCAGCGUACACCGCUUACAACCAGUUCCAUAACCGUGAUUUAGAUGUUAUUUACAAUCCUUUGACGGCAAGAGACUCAGCGCACGAUAUGCUCGAUGAUGUGUCUAGCCUUACAAAUAAGCAACUCCCCAAAGAUAUUUAUGACUUAUUCAUAAAAUUGAUCAACAAUUUCAAAAAUCUUUUCAGCAGCAAAAAGGAAUUGGAUAACCAGAUCAUCCAGUUUUUUCUAAAUUAUAACAUUUUCAUUCCAAUCUUUGAUUUCAAAAAAUUCAUGCAAUCUUAUGAUGCGUUCCAUACCAUGUACCCGUUCAUGUUCACUUACGACGAUGCCACCAUAAAUGGAUUUAACAUUCUGAGCAACGACUAUCGAGUUGUAAAUGAGUAUUUGAUGACAGUGGUUCAAAUCUACGCAAUGAUCAUGAUGAACGAUCCCACUAUCAAUCUCAACUUACUCUUGAACCAUCCAAAUCCGGGGUAUGCCAAUACUACUUUGAACAAGGGUGACAAAACGCAUGCAACUUUGACCAUCAUAAGAUCGUUAUAUGAUUUUCUUCCCUACCUAAAUGUUCAGCAUGUAUCAGUGACUCAGUUGCAAACUUACAUGCUAUUCCUAUACUAUUCGCUCCUCACAAACAACAAGGAGAAAUCUUUGGUCUUAUCUGCACUUGUCAAUGCCUUUAUUGGAAUCUUGGGAAUAAACCUUAACUCAAAAAACUUAUUCUUCAAUGACUUAUCCUUAAAUUUGGAUCAAAAGCGAGAUCGUGUAAAGAUCUUUUGGGUCUUCAAAGUUUUGUUAAAAUGCUUCAAUUUAAAAUUUGGUUUCAAACCAAGUAUUAACACCACGGUCAUCAAUCCAGUUACAAUUGAUCGUUAUUUCGAAUUGACCCCGGAAAAAUUGAGUCUGUUAUUAGAUUCCUCACGAGGUACUGACGAGCUAUUCACGACGCUCUUGAAACCCAGCGUGGAGUUUUUAAAUUUGGUGAACAUCAUCAUCCCAUCUUCCUUCUCUCCUAAUUAUUAUCAGUACUUGAAACUGGGCUCAAACAACAAUCUGGGCCAUCAUCAUCGAAAACAUCCUAAAUUGGACUGGAUUUUGAACGAUGAUGACGGAGAUGGAAACGAUGGUAACUUGAACUACAAUUACAACCAGUUCUUGACCAUCGAUAAAAAUCUCUCGAAUUGGAGGUAUUCCUUGAAGGAGAAGCAGUUGAAUUUGGUUCCACUUCAAUUGCAGAUGAACUUACCUAUACUAUCAAGUCAGACAACCAAUGACUUGUAUCACAAGAUUAUAUCAAACAAUGCCCAAUCGAGUACGACGAUAUCAAGAGAAGGCAUGGUCAACUACUUACUGACAGGUGUUCCAGAUAUAUACACUGCCAGUCAGCUCAUAAAAAUUCAGCUUAAUUUCCAUUGCUUGUUGAUCAGGUCUAUGAACUACAUCAACUUUGUGAUUGAUAAAGAAUUGACCCAUCCUUACUAUGUGAAAAUUUCGAAUAUAUCAAGAGAAGUAUUGACAUACUUUCUUCUAAUAUUUGAACAUGUGGGUGCAGCCGAUGAGAUUGAUAAAAUUCCAGCCUCAACUGGUAACACAGGAUCUACAAUGGGAUCAUUGGGGAUUGAUGACGACGACGACGGAUUUGUGAUAAACGAUUUUCUGUUCAAAAGGAGAAAAACCAACAACGCAUUCAAUAACCAGGUCAAGUGGAAAGUUAGAGAACUUCCUCCUUCUCCCUUUAACAGCAUGCUUAAUGGGUUAUCGAUGACUAUCAUUAAUUUCAAAAAGUCAAUUCUUUUGCAAAUGCUCUUUUUAUUGGUCAGUCUGACCAAGUUUUUCAAGAAGGAGGGUCUCGUUGCAGAUAACGUCGCGAGUACUUUGAAUAACAGUAUCAAUUUGUUCAUCAAGAUAUUCAUCAACUACCAAACCAAUGCAGCCACUGUUUUCAGCAACCAACAGUCAAAGGCCAAGAAGUAUAAAGAAGACACUUUAUUCAGAAAAUUGAUGAAUGAUGAACUUCGAGAUCAGAUUUUACGUGAGCCACGAACCAAUGGAGAUGACAGCGACGAUGACGAGCUUGGAUCAAGCCGAGGAAUAAACGAAAUCCACGAGACUAUGGACAUUGAUUGGGACGACGAAGAUAUGGACGAAGACUUAAAAUACUUGAAGAUACUCAAGUUUGUUCAGUAUAAAAUUAACUGGCUCCAGGAAAAGUCGGAUAACAAACUCAAAAGAGCAAGAGCUUUACGACAGGAAGGGUCCAGGCAACCCACACCAGGGGUGGAAUCCUCUGACGACAAAAUGCUGCAAGUCAAACAACCUAACGUAGUGAAUAUGCCGUUAGGGUUGACAGGUGUCUCAAGUUCAUUACAUGAAACCGACUCUUUGAGCAGUUUUUACUGUUCCACUUCCCCACCUGGUCCUUCACAGGCUCCUUACUCGGCUACAAGUCUUCUAUCGAAAAUGCAAUCGGAACCACGUAUCGAUAUGGCAGAUCCCAAAGAGGAGAAGAAUGGAAAUCAAGCUGACGAGAGAUUGGUUGCAAAUGAUUUGAUAAAUCUUAAACGAGGCUACAGUAAAAUCGGUCUCUCCCCGGAAUCCCCAGUAUGGAACUACACACCAAAUUCUACAAGUCCUGGAGGCACAACUAUCAAUCCAGAUACUAAAACUCACUAG